AUGAACACAACAAGUGAUGACGUAGCCAACCCCACCACCUGGCAAGACACUGAAGGUGUUUUUCCCAACUGCACUGUUGUGGAAGUUGGUCCGAAGAUUUUUUACCUCCCCGCUACGUAUGGCAUCAUCUUCUCGGUGGACUUCCCAGGAAAUGUCAUUGUGAUUUGUGUUUAUAGCUUCAAGAUGAGGCCUUGGAAGAGCAGCACCAUCAUCAUGCUGAACCUGGUGCUCACGGACCUGCUCUACCUCACCAGCCUUCCCUCCCUGACACACUACUAUGCUAAUGGGGAGCACUGGAUCUUUGAUGAAUUCAUGUGCAUGUUCAUCUGCUUUGGCUUCCAUUUCAACCUGUACAACAGCAUCCUCUUCCUCACUUGCUUCAGCGCCUUCUGCUACAUGGUGAUUGUCCACCCUAUGAAGUUCUUCUACCUCCAGAGGAAGCUGUGGACAGUGGUGGCUUGCACAGCCAUUUGGAUUCUCUCACUGGCAGCUAACAGCCCUGUCAACUUCUUGAUCUCCACCACAGAAGUGCAAAACAGAUCCCUAUGCCUCAACCUGACCAGCUCUGAAGACCUGAGAACAACUGGGUGGUACAACUGGCUGCUGACUGGCCUGGCCUUCCUCUUGCCCUUGCUGGUGGUGACUCUGUGCCAUGCACUCAUUAUUUGCACCUGCUACCAGCCCCACACAGGGGCUUGCUACAAACAAAAGGCUUGCAGACUUGCCAUCGUUCUCUUGGUGGUCUUCUAUGUGUGCUUCCUCCCUGUCCGUGUGUUUCUGCUGGCUCAGGUUGAACCAUGGUUGUGUCCCAUCAGCUGCUCCUUGGAGAACCAAAUCCAUUCCAUCUGUAUCAUCUCUCAGCCAUUGGCUGCACUCAACAUAUGUGGCAAUCUAUUACUUCAUGUCAUGAUUGGAGGUAACUUCCAGCAGGCCAUCCUGUGUCUUUCAAGGUGUAAGUGA